UCCAUAAACUCGAAUCUCCUUCCUGAUAAGAGAGAGAGAGAGAGAGAGAGAGAGAGACGAGACGAGACCGGCCACGAAAAAAAAAUAAUGGAUCAAGAUACCCAGGACCGCGACGUCGUUGGCCAGAAUUAUUCCGCUUUCCGCGACUGUCUCGGGGACCCUGUCAUCCGCGCUCUCGCUGUACCGCCAUCAGACUCCUCCUUCUCUGGGAUAGAGACGAGCCGGAAGAAGAGAAGGGAGAUGAGGAAGGACAAGAAGAAGAAAAAGAAGAAGGAGAACAAUAAAAGUGAGGUUAUUGGCGGGAAGAAGGAAGGUAGCAAGGGAGAAGGAGGGAAUGGUCAUGGAGAUGGAGAUGGGGACGAAGAGGAGGAUAUCAUGGUGGAUACUGGCGUAGCAGAGCCGUUGAGCAGAGCAUCUGAGACCAGGGGAGGUGGAGAUGAGGAGCAUGGCGAGAUGGGUGGCGGCGGUGGUGAUGAAUUGGGCGACUUCAUCGAGUACCUAACAAGUCUGAUAUUCCCCUCGCUCCCUCCCGCCCUCCGGACUCUAACCCACUCAACCUUCCAAACGUCCCAAAAGCUGCAAGCCACCUACACAACCCCGCUCCCGCCGUCCACAAUAACAGCCCUGUUAACGCCAUUCCCCCCGACCGCCAUCGACGCUCUGGAAUCCGCAUCGCUGCUCCCCCAUUCCUCCGAUGCGACGGACCACGUCAACUUCUUCGCGCCAGUGUUGAAUAGUUACGUCGGUGCGGUGACUGCGCCGCCCCCGCUGUGGAGUACGACCAGGACUGCCGAGUGCGAGCUGUGUGCGCGGGAGUGGAUUCCGUUGACGUAUCAUCAUUUGAUUCCGAGGUCGACGCAUGAGAAGGUGUUGAAGAGGAGGUGGCAUCGCGAGGACGUGCUGGAUAGUGUCGCCUGGCUGUGUAGGGCCUGCCACUCGUUUGUGCACCGUCUGGCUUCCAACGAAGGACUGGCCAGAGGGUUUUACACCAUGGACCUGGUUAGGGAGGGCGGAGUUGAAGGCGAGAAGAGGGAGCAAGUCGAGGGAUGGGUCAAGUGGGUCGGCGGAGUCCGAUGGAAGAGCAGGUAG